UCAUUUUAUCUCUUGCGUACUUCUUUCUUCAUCAGCAAUAUAUAUUCGAUCCCCAUUUUCUGAUAACAUGGCUUCACUACCUCCCUCUCUAUUGUUUACAGUGAGGAGGCGCCAACCGGAGCUGGUAGCUCCAGCUAUACUCACUCCACAUGAAGUUAAAUUACUAUCCGACAUAGAUGAUCAACAAGGCCUCCGUUUCCUAGCUCCAGUCAUACACAUAUAUCGUUACGAACCAUCAAUGGGAGGGAAAGACCCAGUUGAAGUCAUUAGAAAGGCACUAUCACAAACACUUGUUUUCUACUACCCAUAUGCAGGUAGGCUUAGGGAAGGGCCUGGCCGCAAAUUGAUGGUGGAUUGUACUGGAGAAGGUGUCUUGUUCGUUGAGGCUGAUGCUGACGUAACACUUGAUCAAUUUGGUGACUCUCUUCAACCUCCAUUCCCAUGCUUCCACCAACUCUUUUAUGAUGUUCCAGCCUCUGAAGAAAUCAUUAACUAUCCCCUUCUCGUCAUACAGGUCACGCGCCUUAGGUGCGGUGGUUUCAUCGUGGCCUCGCGCUUUAACCACACCAUGAGCGAUGCAACUGGUAUAAAACAAUUCAUGAACUGGCUUCAUGAAAUGGCAAGAGGUGCACGUGAACCUUCCAUUCAACCGGUGUGGUGUAGGGAGCUCUUAAUGGCUAGAGAUCCACCGCGCAUUACAUGCAAUCAUCGUGAAUACGAACAAGUGCCAUCUGAUACCAUCAAUUCGUGUGAGGACGACAUCAUUCAUCGCUCUUUCUUCUUUGGACCCACCGAGAUAGCUGCAAUUCGUCGCUUCGUUCCACUUCCCCUUCGAAAAUGCACCACAUUUGAUGUUAUCACGGCAUGCUUCUGGUGCUGCCGUACAAAAGCAUUGCAGCUAAAGUCAGAGGAGGAGGUUCGGUUGAUGUGCAUGGCCAACGCACGUGCUAGGUUUAACCCUCCGUUACCUGAUGGUUAUUACGGCAACACUAUUGCAUACCCGGCAACGGUGACCACUGCAGGGAAGCUUAGCUUUGGGUAUGCACUAGAAUUAAUAAAGAAAGUGAAAGCUGAGGUGACAGAAGAGUAUAUACAUUCAGUGGCAGAUCUAAUGGUGACUAAGGGUCAAUGCUUAUUUACGACCGUAAGUUCAUGUGUUGUGUCAGAUCUGACACGUGCUCGGUUUAGAGAAAUUGAUUUUGGAUGGGGCAAGGCAGUGUAUGGUGGAGUGGCCAAAGGUGGGGCUGGGCCCUUUCCUGGAGUAACUUUUCUCGUUCUCCACAAGAACGCAAGAGGAGAAGAUGGUAUAAUAUUGCCAAUUUGCUUGUCAGCAAAAGCCAUGAAAAGCUUUGCUAAAGAGUUUGAGCACAUGCUUGGGAACCAAGACCUAACUAGAAGGAGUGAUCUUAAGAUCAUGUCUAGCUUAUAGUUUUUUGGCAAACUGUAAGACAUUGGAAAGUUUCCGUUUGUCAUGAAAAAAUAUUAUGUAUAAAUAAACUUAACUUCUCGUAAGUAUUAAAUGAUGUUUAGU